AUGCCUUCAACAGACUCGGACUCCCCCGACGACACCUUCUUCAACGACCUGUCCCAACCCGUCCCCCAACCAAACCGAGGCAGUCAUUCGUCGCAGAAACCCAAUGCCACCGAUGCGCCGAGGGACGACGCCUCCAAGCAGCCAAAGCGGAUAGCCUGCGUGCUCUGCCGCAAGAGAAAACUGAAAUGCGACGGCACCAGACCGGCAUGUGGAACUUGUAAGCGGCUGUCUCAUGACUGCGCUUACGACGAGGUGCGGAAGAAGAGCGGGCCCAAGAGGGGCUAUGUAAAGCUGCUGGAAGCCAGGCUGCGUAGGUUCCUUGUUGCUUCGGGAGCUCCAUCUCCAUCUGCUAAUCCAAGCAUUGCAGAACAAGUCGAAACACUGUUGAAAAAUCACGAGUCCACCGAACAGAAUAAAGAAUCCGCUCGGCAAAAUCCCGCCUCCGCCUAUGUUGCCAGCACGUUGCAACAGGGACUGCUCAACCCUGGUGAUGGACUUCCGCCCUCCUUCACCGAACGCCUCUCUCCCGCUCCAGACAUGUUCCCAGGAACCGCAUCUGCCCAGUCACAGGCAGGACAGGGCGAGUAUCCCUGGGAGAUGAUUGGAUUGGGCCUCGAUGAGCCACUCCCACCCCAGGACGUCAUGGACGAUCUCUAUCAGGUCUACUUCAGCAAAAUCCACCACUCCGUGCCUGUCAUUCAUAAGCCACGAUUCAGGGCCGCCAUGGACCUGGCACCUCACAUGCGACCUGCUGUCUGUUUGCGUUAUAUCAUGUGGGCCUUGGCUGCGUCUAUCACGGACAAGUACGAGACACUGCAAGAGCACUUCUACCAACGCGCCAGGAAGUACGCCCACAUGGACGAGAUGAGAGGUUACGGCGAAGCUACCAUCACCGUCGGCCAUUGCCAGGCAUGGAUCCUCAUCUGCACGUACGAGUUCAAGCAGAUGUACUUCCCCAGAGCUUGGAUGUCGGCUGGAAGGGCUGUCCGUCUGGCUCAGAUGAUGCAACUUCAUCGCCUGGACGGUGCCGGUUUGGACGUUAAGCAAUCUCUGGGACCCCCAAAGGAUUGGACGGAACGGGAGGAGCGAAGACGGACUUUCUGGAUGGCAUUCUGUGUAGAUCGCUACGCAAGUAUUGGGACCGGAUGGCCCAUGACCAUUGACGAGAGAGACAUACUGACAAAUCUGCCCUCGAGCGAGGAGGCGUACGAAAAGAGCAAGCCAAUGCCAACCGGAUCAUUGGAGCAAGCAAUGGAACCCAAUGGAGCAGCCAAACUGGAGCCUUUUGCCGGUGUCAUCGUCACCGCCGCCCUCUUUGGCCGCAACCUCCUCCAUCUUCAUCGCCCAGGUAUUGACGAUAUGGACCAUGAUCUGAAUGGAGGCUUUUGGAGCAGACAUCGAGAACUGGAAAGCAUUCUAUUGAAUACCGCGCUGGCGCUACCCGAUGCCUUGCGACUUCCGGGUGGGUUGUCGGAUCCAAACGUUGUCUUCUUGAACAUGGCCCUGCAUACCUCCGCCAUUUGCCUCCAUCAAGCGGCAAUAUUCAAGGCGGACAAGUAUCGGCUACCCAUCGCCGUGAGCAAUGAAAGCAAGAUCAGAUGCGUCACUGCGGCUGCCGAGGUCGCUUCGGUGAUGAGAAUGAUUAGCCACAUGGACUUGUCAGCGAUGAAUCCCUUCAUAUCAUUCUGCGUAUACGUAGCAGCACGGGUGUUUAUCCAGUAUCUCAAGACACGGCCAAAGGACCAACAGAUGAGCGCAACUCUUCAAUUCAUGCUGCAAGCCAUGGCCGCGCUCCGUCGAAAGAACCCGUUAACUGAAUCCUUCCUGGCUCAACUAGACGUGGACCUGGAGUCAGCCGGCCUGAUGGGUCUGGGCCAGAGGCGAUCCACUGGUUCACUCACGGAUACAAAAGGUGGGGAGGAUCUUACGACACGUCGGCGCGCGGUCGCCGAACAAAAGCAGGGAUGCGCACCCAUAACGAUACCCACGGAAACCCAGAACAAGAAUGCCCAGGCCAACUACCCGGGGAACCCGCGUCCCGAAAUGCAGGGCUCCGCGGAUGCAGGAUACACGGGCAGCACACCAGGCCCACCAUUCCACGUCAACAACAGCGCCGUCAACUUGGACACACACCACUCCCUCCCCUUUGUGCGGUCUCAGAAAAUGGAUAUACCGCAGCGAGGCCGGCAGACCGAUCCGACCAGAUACCCGGCUCUCUACAUGGUCCCAGACAACAACGACAUGGACGUCUCAACCGACGACCAACCCAGUCCUGCGACGAGCAACUCGCAGUCAAGAGGAGGCUCGACAUCUCACACAUCCUACUCUCCAAGGACCCAGAAUGACAUACACAGCAUGCCCUACCGCGCCUCGCCCAAGCGAUUAUCCAACACCAUGCCGCUUGCCCAAACCUCGGCCGCAGACAAUACGACCUUCUUCCCCGCCAACGAUCCAAAUCUCUUCUCAGCAGACCUGUACGACGUCUCAGCCUCGAUGACGGCCGACACCACCAUGUCCUCGGGCUUCGUCAUGACCAGCGAAUGGGAUCUGUCAAUGAUGAGCACGGGGAAUACGGGCAUGACGCCCAUGUCCGACGGAGCCUGGAACCAGAUGCUGGAGAGUAUCGAUCUGGGAUGGAAUUCCAUGGGACCGCCUCAUGGAGAGUCGCCGAUUGGGGGGCGCUGA